AUGGCCUCACGGAUCGCUCUUGAAUUCCCUUCUCCGAUUCUUGAAUCGAGGAGCAAAACUAGGAUGGCCAGAAAGUCUUCGUGCAUAGAAGCGGAAGCACCACUGGCGGGUCCAGCGGACUGGAAAGCCUUUCCGUCAUUCAUCUAUCCUAUAUACCUAGGACCCGGAACGCCGGUGGUGUGGAACACGCUUCAUACAAAUUUGGAAUGCUUGCCCGUUAUCAACACAUCAAGACAAUCCGACUUCCAAUGGCUCAUUACGCAUUCCUCUGGGAUGUUCAGCAAGACAGAGCGCGAGUUGAGAGACAACUCGAUGCUCGCAGAUCAGAAAAAAGACGUUCGAGUUAGAUUCAAUGACUCCCUAUUUUCGCUCCUUAUGCACUUCUCGGGCUUGCAGGCUGAAGAAGCCCGACUAUUCGGCCUCAACAAUCCCAUUGGCCCUAGCCUCAACCAGACUCCGUUCAUUCUUAGGAGCACUUUCGGCUAUGAAAUUGUGCAGUGUAAAGGUGGACGAUGUUGA